AUGGAUGGCACCGUGCUUCCGCCGAUGCCCAAGCUCAACCUCCAUGUGGACAAGGAUCAAAUUGAACCGAAGGAUAUCAUCACUGCAUGGCUUUACAAACUGCAAUCCUGUUUCAAUGAGCGCAAAUUUGACAGGCUCAAAGAGUCGUUCAUCCGCGAAUGCUGGUGGCGAGACAUGCUUGGACUGUCGUGGGAUUUCACCACCAAGCAGGGUUUCGACAAAAUCAGCGCAUACUUGCACCGCUCUGAUGUUAUCUUGACUGAUCUGAAGCCGGAAACAGGAGGCUUGAAGCCUUUCCUAGUUGAAUGGGCGGGUGAUACUUGGUUGCAAUCGGCCUUUUCCUUCCAUACGAAAUUUGGCAAAGGCCAAGGUUUCUUGAAGAUGGUGAACCAGCCCAGCGGGGAGUGGAAAGCCUGGACUGUAUUCACAGAGCUGUCGCAGCUUCAUUACCAGGAAGACUUAGAGAGGGAGAGAAUUCGCAAUAACGUUUUCUCAUUGUAUGGCACCCCAGAAACCUACGGCGACAAGCACAAGCUCCCUGUUCUCAUCAUUGGCGCAGGCCAAGCCGGUAUCUCUUUAGCCGCUCGUCUCAAGUCCAUGGGGGUCGAAACGCUCGUUGUUGAUCGACAUGCACGAGUUGGCGAUUCUUGGAGACUGCGAUACGACACCGUCACGCUCAACACACCAACCUUUACUGAUCACUAUCCAUUCAUGAAAUACCCCGAAAACUGGCCUGAAUGGCUCAAUCGCGAUCAAACGGCGGAAUUCUUGGAGCACUACUCGCAAAUUAUGGGUCUCAACGUGCGGCUUAAUACCACAGUUAGCUCAGUGAGAAGGCUCGGCUCGAGACACGAGAUCAGGGUCAACGGCCCGUGCGGAGAGGACGUUCUUCACUCAGAGCAAGUCGUGCUUGCAACCGGAGUCUACAGCGAUGUUCCCAUCAUUCCGAACUUCAACGGUCAAGAGACCUUCAGAGGCCUCAUAUAUCAUUCCAUCGAGCAUCAGUCAGCUCGACAUAUCCCUGACCUGGGGAACAAGAAGGUUGUCGUUAUUGGCUGCAGCACUAGCGGUCACGAUAUUGCCCAGGACUUCGUAAAAUGUGGCGCGCGGGAAGUAUGUAUGAUCCAGCGAAACCCUAUUUUCUCUCUGUCCAGAGCUGCGUGGAAGACGAUUAUGCUUGGCAUCUGGAACAUGCCGGGUUUGACAACUGAAGACGCGGACUUGCUGAGCAACUCGAUACCGAUCCCCCUCGUUCGCACCAUGAGUAUCGGCUUGACACGCAUCAUGGCCGAGAACGACAGGAUGAUGCUCGAUGGAUUGACGAAGGCUGGGCUGGCCGUCCGCACCGGCGAGGACGGUUACGGACUGGCAGACCAUCAGCUUAUCACAGGUGGCCAUUAUUAUAUCGACCAAGGAGCCAGCCAGAUGAUCAUUGAUGGACGCAUCAAGAUCCAUCGGUUGGGAGCGGCCGUGACGGUCAAGGUCCUCAUCGCCGGCGGUAGCUACGCGGGACUCGCCGUGGCCGUCAAUCUCCUGGACUUGCACCAGGGCAUACCCCCUCGCAUGGCUCCCGAGCCUUACCCCAUCGAGGAUCAAUGGCCUCAAGUCCGAUUCGAUGUGGUGAUCGUCGAUGAAAGGGACGGGUUUUUUCAUGUUGUAGGCUCUCCGCUCGCCUUGGCCGACAUCGAAUACUCCAAACAGGCGUGGGUGCAGUUCAAAGACCUUAAGCUGUGCAAAGAACCCAACAUCAAGGUCCUCCAUGGGAAAAUUUCGCACGUCGACUGUGGCGCCAAGAAGGCGACAAUGCUUUCUCAUGGUACUGACGAUGAGGUUGUCCUUGAGUAUGACUACAUGGUCACUGCUACCGGACUGAGACGAGUCUGGCCAGUAGUUCCGCAGUCGCUCACUUACCCUGAGUACCUGAUGGAGGUACAAAGCCAUAUUCAAGACGCUCGCAACGCAAGACAUGGCGUGCUGGUUGUUGGCGGCGGUGCUGUUGGCAUAGAAAUGGCAGCUGAACUAAAACUGGUCAUGCCUCACACCAAGGUCAUGCUUGCACACUCUCGCGACAGGCUUCUGUCAUCUGAAGGGCUUACAGAUGAGUGCAAGGAUACAUCUCUGGAUCUUCUCAAAGAAGCAGACGUCGAAACCUUCAUGGGCCAUCGAUUGGAAAGCUUCACCAAGACCGAAGCGGAGGACGGGUCGGCCAAAUACCACGUCAAGUUCACCAACGGCGUCCAGGUACCGGCUAGCAUGGUCAUCAUGGCUAUUUCCAACAGCGUGCCGUCGACAAACUUCCUGCCAAGCUCUGCUGUCACCUCUUCUGGCCACGUUCGAAUCCAGCCCAACUUGAUGCUCCCUGUCGACGUGCCCAAUUCCCAGUUUCAUUUCUGCGCAGGAGACGCAGCUGAAUGGUCUGGCAUCAAACGCUGCGGCGGGGCCAUGAAUGGCGGGUACUGCAUUGCCAUGAACAUCCACCAGAAGACGAUAGAGAACAGUAUUGGCCGUGAACCACAGUACAAAGAGCUGGUAUACAUUGCACCCAUGAUUGCGAUGGCUGUUGGCAAUAAUGCUGUUGCUUCGAAUCCGGACUCCACGAGGUCGGGACCGAAGGUCCUAAAGAAGUAUUUUGGAACCGACUUAUAUCUCUCCGGUUGCUGGAAGUGGCUUGGACUCGAUAUUCCAGAGGCGGAAAGGAGGUAUCCGGCAACUUUGUGA